AAACGCUCAGAACUCCGCGUCAGUCCAGCAAUCCCCCGUCAGUCCCGCCAUCAUGGUUACCGCCACAGCCAUUGCUCCCGCUCCCGCCCUCCGCAUCCCCGUCAGCGCCUCUCUUUCCCCGCAAUGGCGCGCUUCUUCCCCCAGCGCUGGCAUCCCCGCUGCUAGCAGCCGUCGUCGCACCGCCGCCCUCGUAAGCACCAGUGGUCGCAAUUCGCCGCUUCAAAAGGUUCUCUCCGCAGAUGCCGCCGCCGGUGUCACUGGAGGCAGGAAUAAUCGCCGGAACGCGCCGCGAGUAACGGCCAACGCGAGGCCCCGUUCCGUCGUCGCGGCAGCGGCGGAAGCGGCGGGACUUCCGGCGAGCUUACCAGAGGCGCUGCUGUUCGACUGCGAUGGCGUGCUGGUGGACACUGAGAGGGACGGGCAUCGCGUGUCGUUCAACCAGGCGUUUGAGGAGAAGGGGCUGGGGGUGACAUGGGACGUGCCUCUCUACGGCGAGCUUCUUAAGAUUGGAGGGGGCAAGGAGCGCAUGACGCACUACUUCGACGGCGUGGGCUGGCCAGCAGCAGCCCCAACCGACGCAACUGAGCGGGCAGCAUUCGUGGCUGGGCUGCACAAGAGCAAGACAGCGCUCUUCAUGGAGCUCGUGGAGACUGGCGCGCUGCCGCUCAGACCAGGCGUGGCACGUCUUAUCGAUGAGGCACUGGCAGCGGGCGUGCAGGUAGCUGUGUGCAGCACGUCCAACGAGAAGGCGGUGGGGGCCAUAGUGAGGGUGAUGCUGGGGGAAGAGAGGGCACAGCACAUGCGGAUAUUUGCUGGAGACGUGGUUCCGAAGAAGAAACCCGACCCUGCCAUCUACAACCUCGCUGCGUCCACUCUCAACCUCAACCCAGCACGCUGUGUGGUGAUCGAAGACAGUCACAUCGGCCUCACAGCAGCCAAGGCGGCAGGCAUGACAUGUGUUGUCACCAAAAGCGGCUACACAGCCGAUGAGGAUUUCUCUGCUGCGGAUGCAGUGUUUGACGCCAUUGGCGACUCUCCAGCUGAUGGUUUUGACCUCGCCUGCGUUGCCUCGCUGCUCAAGUCCCACAACUGAUUCUGGGCUGUGCCAUGCACAACACACCUGCUGAUUUUGAGGCGCCUCCCAAAAGCAGACGUCGGCUGUCAGUUUUGACCUUCCCUGCCUUGCGUUGAUUCUCUCAAGUCCCACAACUGAGGUGGGCACUGGUGGAAAUGGAUUAUGGAAGCACCCAGCAGCACUAAGAAAUGGCUUUCCGGCUUCAGCCUGCUUCAAGCAGGCCCUCCCGCCCCGCCACUUGCAUCUGUAUUUUGACCUUGCUGUUUUCGCCCUAUCUGACAAACGCAAGCCUGGUAGGUAGUAUACAGCUGCAGUGGCUGGCACAGGGCCUACAAAUCACUCAGCCAACCAAGCCUGAACAAGCUUGGUGUUGUCCAGCUUGAGUGUAUGCAACUGUAUUG